AUGCCCAGCCGGCGUCCCUCAGGGAUCUGCUAUCUCGCCGACCGUAUUCAACAUACGGAGGAAAAUGUUUCUGAACAGGCAUGUGUCAACACAAUCAAAUAUGCGGACGAUUGCACCAUGGAUACGUCCAUAAGAUUAGGAGAAUCUAGCGAUUUGCAAAGCGCUCUGGACUCAGUACAAAGUUGGGCUGUGGAAAAUAAAAUGGAACUGAAUGCCAAAAAAACAAAAGAUAUGUGGAUUAACUUCACCGAAGCACCGCCCCUUCUACCACUGCAUAUAGGAGGUGCUAUCAUAGAAAGAGUCGAUAAUUUUAAACUCUUGGGAACCUGGUUUCAAAAGGACCUGAAAUGGAAUAAACAUGUCGAGGAGACCACCCGCAAAGCAGCUAAAACCCUGUACUGCCUACGAGAAUGUAGAAGAGCGAAUCUACCAGUCGAAGUGGGUCUCACCACUUAUUUAACUAAAAUCAGGCCUAUCCUUGAAUAUUGUUCUCCAGUGUGGGCUGGUCUGCCACGAUAUCUAAAGGACGAAUUGGAACGUGUGCAAAGGAGGAGUAUAUUUAAAUACGCACCUUUCUCAGGCACUGAACGACACAGAAAUAGUUUUGUCCCACGAGCAAUGAGACAGAG